ACACCCUCCUCCUCACCUGCGGGUCACAUUACCAUCACCCCCAUCACCCUCUCCCUUUUUUCUCACUCGUCUCUGUAAACCAAACACACCCUCCUUCCUCUCUCGUCUGUCUUUUUUUUUUUCUCUUUCUCUCUCUAGAUUUUCUUUCUUCUUCUUCUUUAUGAGCUCUAACUCGGGGCCCCAUAGUCGUCGCUGCUAGCUAGCCAUGUCGCUGAGGAAGGUCUUCCGCUCCCGCAAGUUCUCCAAAUCGUUCAAAGAGGUGCUGCCGGCGGAGGGCGCCGCCGUCGAGGGCGGGGUCGCCGGCGCCGUCGAGGAGGCGGCGAAUGGGAAUAAUAAUGGGUGGUCUAGCAUGCUGCCGGAGAUCCUCGGUGAGAUCGUGCGGCGCGUGGACGCCGCCGAGGAGCAGUGGCCGAACCGCCAAAACGUCGUUGCGUGCGCGUGCGUCUGCAAGAGGUGGCGUGACAUCACACGCGAGGUCGUGCGUGUGCCCUCGCAUACCGGGAAAAUCACUUUCCCUUCGUGCCUUAAACAGCCAGGACCACGUGACGUUCCACACCAAUGUCUUAUAAAGCGGAACCAGAAGACCUCAACGUUUUAUUUAUAUCUUGCCCUUACACCAUCAUUCACAGAUAAAGGGAAGUUUCUGCUAGCAGCUAGGAGAUAUAGGUGUGGUACCCAUACUGAGUAUAUAAUUUCACUUGAUGCUGAUGACUUAUCCCAAGGAAGCAAUGCUUAUGUUGGAAAGCUAAGCUCGGAUUUUCUUGGCACCAACUUCACAAUUUAUGACAGCCAGCCACCCCAUAGUGGUGCAAAACCAUCAAGUGGCAGGGCCAGCCGUCGGUUUGCCAGCAAGCAGAUAAGCCCGCAAGUUCCUGCAGGUAAUUUUGAGGUGGGGCAGGUCUCCUACAAGUUCAACCUUUUGAAAUCAAGAGGGCCAAGGAGAAUGGUUUGCUCAUUGAAGUGUCCUGUAACUCCUGUCUCACCAACGAGUGGAAGUUCAGAUAGCACGCCUGUCAAUGGCCAUAAGAUGCACGAUAAAGAACAAGCUGCAUCUGGCUACACAAUCUUGAAGAAUAAAGCUCCAAGGUGGCAUGAGCAUUUGCAAUGUUGGUGCUUGAAUUUCCACGGCCGCGUGACGGUGGCCUCGGUGAAGAACUUUCAGCUGGUUGCAACAGUGGACCAAAGCCAACCAGGAGGGAAAGGAGAUGAGGAAACAGUUCUCCUCCAGUUUGGUAAAGUAGGGGAUGAUACUUUUACCAUGGAUUAUAGACAGCCCCUAUCUGCUUUCCAGGCUUUUGCCAUUUGCUUAACUAGCUUUGGCACUAAACUUGCUUGUGAGUAAUAUAAUUUUGGUGUCACUGCUUAUUUAUUCCGUGGAUGGAUGUUUUAAGUGAAUAGUUGUUUUCUUUUUUACUCGGCUUUGAGUCUACAAUUUGAUUGCAGGAAGCUUGUUGUAAAUGUUAUAUCAUCAAUAGGACAUGACAUCUUCCAUAAAUCAAAUAUAUUGCCUUAUUCAAGCUUUGGUCCA